AGUCCUCUCCCGUAUAGAAUGAAUAACUGCCGAUACUUCAUUUAUUUCUAUUUUUCUACUUCAUUUUGAUUGAGGAAUUAGUGUACAGAGUGAGACCUCUUCGUCCGCGCAGCAUGCAACGUCACGAUGUCCUUCACGUGACGUAAAUCUUGUGUCGUAUGCGGAAGCGUCUGCGCUUUAUGAACUGUUCGGCUGUUUCUCAUCCUCCUUUUCCGACUUCACCGAUUAUUAUUGUUGUUUUGACACAUAAGGCUGAUAUUUUUUGGCUCCAGUAAAUCCUUAAGAUGUGUUUAUUUGACGUUCAGCGAGUACAGAGGACGUGACGGUGACAGAAAAGACAGAAUGAGCUCCAGCCGGAGGAGGCCUUGUUGUUUACUACAGCGGUGAAUUAGUGCGGCUUUAUGGAGGGUUUCUAGUAGAGAGUGAUGGUGAGGAUACUGGGAACAUAAAUAGACCAGUUAUUGACCAACAUGGAGGAGAAAUACAGCAGCAACGUGCUGUCAGGAAAACUGGGGAUGGUGGAAGUUCCUGAUUCAAGGAUGGCAAUCAAGAAUUUGGUGCACUACCGCCACCGACAAUGGAUAAAGUUGGUUAAACAUGCCGUUCUCAGCUGUGUUAUAUCCCUACUGGGCUUCUUUGGUCUGACUCUCUGUGGACCUUUGAGGACUCUGCUGGUUUUCGAGCACAGUGACGUGGUGGUCAUCGCUCUGCUCGGGGUUCUCUUCACUAACUCAGGAGGGGGGCCCUCCAAGAGCAAAGUUGACUCCUGGUCCUCCCUCAUCUUCCCGUUUGGGAUGAUCAUUUUCUCCGUCAUGAUCCUGGAGUUCUACGUGGAAUCCAUCUGCAGCGCCAAGAUGGAGGCGCCCAGGUGCGCCCGCUACGGCUCCUUCGCCCUGUUUCUGAGCGCGGUGCUGCUGGCUAAUUUCUGGACACACCCACUGACGGAUCAGCUGCGCUCCAUGAGCAAACCAGCGCAGCAGGUCAGCACAGAACACGUGCUCUCCGGCGGUGUGAUAGUCAGCGCCAUCUUUUUCAUCAUGGCAUCCAGUAUUCUCUCGUCUCCAUCGAAGAAGGGGCAGAAGGGGACCUUGGUGGGUUAUUCUCCUGAAGGGACCCCACUGUACAACUUUAUGGGGGACGCCCUGCAGCACACAUCGCAGUCUCUCCCUCGAUUCAUCAAAGAUUCACUGAAACAGAUUCUGGAGGAGUACGACUCCAGGCAGAUCUUCUACUUCCUGUGUCUCAACCUGGCCUUCACGUUUGUGGAGCUGUUCUACGGUGUUUGGACCAACAGCCUGGGGCUCAUCUCUGACGGCUUCCACAUGCUGUUCGACUGCUCCGCUCUGGUGCUCGGCCUGUUCGCUGCCCUCAUGACCCGCUGGAAGGCCACCAGGAUCUUCUCCUAUGGGUACGGCCGAGUGGAGAUCCUGUCCGGAUUCAUCAACGGCCUGUUCCUCAUGGUCAUCGCCUUCUUCGUGUUUGUGGAGUCGGUCACCCGCGUGUUGGACCCUCCCAACAUAAACACGGACAUGUUGACUCCGGUGUCUGUCGGAGGUUUGCUGGUCAACCUGGUGGGAAUCUGUGCUUUCAGUCACGCUCAUUCCCACGGAGGCAAAAGCUGCCCUUCCAGCGAUCAUGGGCACUCUCAUCAUGGCCACUCCCACGGCGAGCACAGCCACGGGGGCCACGGGCAUUCCCACGGAGGUCACGGCCACUCCCACGGCUCGGGAAGCAGAGGCAUGAACGCCAACAUGAGAGGUGUUUUCCUCCAUGUUCUGGCGGACACUCUGGGCAGCGUCGGAGUGAUCAUCUCCACCAUCCUCAUCCGUCAGUUCGGCUGGCUGAUCGCCGAUCCGAUCUGCUCGCUCUUCAUCGCCACGCUGAUUUUCCUCAGCGUCAUCCCUCUGCUGAAGGACGCCUGCGAGGUUCUCCUCCUGAGAACUCCUCCGGAACAAGAGAAGGACCUGAACUGUGCGCUGGAAAAGGUGAGGAGUGGCUGCUUUCAGACACGUAGCACCAAGGUGACGGCCAUCUUGAAAGAUGCAGGGGUGAACAAUCUGUCGAUCCAGGUGGAAAAGGAGGCGUACUUCCAGCACAUGUCUGGACUCAGCACCGGGUUUCAGGACGUUCUGGCCAUGACGCAGCAGAUGGCGUCCAUGAAAUACCCCAACGAUGGGACUCUUAUCAUGUAACGCUCUCAGAAGGACCAAACGAAGCUCUGAAAGUUCCACUGCUUCUCCUUUUUUCACAGAUGUACAGUUUAUGUAUGAUGUUAAAAUAAAUCUGAAUAUUAUGGUUUUAUUUUAAUGCUUUUCUUACACUUUAGAUCCGAACUGGCCUCACAGUGAACAUUUUCAUUCAGCCUUUUUCUAUAUCAGGAAGACAGAAAAUCAUGUUUAACAACAUUCUGGGAUUUAUUUAUUUAAGCAAUGAGCAUUAAUCUAAUGCAUAGAAGUGUGAAGAAAAAACACAGUUUAACAUCCUCUGUUGCUACAAUGCAGAGGGAAAGCCACUGUAAAAUGUUAUAACUGACAUGUUGCCCCAUCAAACCUGAACUACAUCAGCAGUUUCUUCGCUCUACAUGUUCUGCCUGACAUGUAGGAGU